AUGCAACAGCCUCCAGGAUUUGUGGAUCCAAAUUUUCCUGAUCAUGUGUGUCAUCUAAAGAAAAGUCUUUAUGGAUUAAAACAAGCACCAAGACAAUGGUUUGCCAAGUUUAGCAUUUUUCGCUGUCUGCUGGUUUUUGUUAAGUCUGUGAAUGAUCACUCUAUGUUUUUUCUUCAUUCUGCUUCAGAUAUCUUAGUUUUACUUCUUUAUGUGGAUGACAUAAAUUUACCUGGUAAUCCUAAGUGCUUGAUGGGAAAACUUAUUGCUUCUCUCAAGACUGAAUUUGCUAUGAAAUAUUUGAGAAAUCUGAAUUUUUUUCUGGGUAUUGAACCUGUGAGACAUUCAGAUUCUUUAGUUUUAAAACAAAAGAAGUAUACUCUGGAACUUUUGGAAAGGGACAAGAUGUUAGAAUGCAAACCCUGUGACACUCCAGUAGCUAAGACACAUAGAGCUUCCAUUCAUGAUGAUACAUUAUUGGAGGAUCCAAUUGAGUUUAGAACCAUUAUAGGAGGAUUGCAGUAUCUCACUCAUAAUAGACCUGACAUUUGUUUUGGUGUUAACUAUGUCAGUCAAUUUAUGCAUGCACCUACAGACUGUCAGCUUCUUCUUGUCAAGAGAAUUCUCAGGUACUUAAAAGGCAGUAUUGGUCAAGGUCUUACUAUUCAUCCUGGUGAUGUAACCUCACUGAAAGGAUACAUUGAUCCUGAUUGGGCUGGAUGCGCUGACACUAGAAGAUCCAUUAGUGGGUAUGGUGUGUUCUUAGGCUCAUCUCUGAUAUCUUGGUCCUCUAAAAAGCAUCAUACAGUCUCUAAGUCAUCUGUUGAGGCCGAAUAUAAAGAUUUAUCUGUUGCAACUGCCGAGCUUAAAUGGAUUUCUUAUGUACAGAAUGAUCUACAUGUACCUCUGCAAUUACCAGUUCAGCUGCAUUGUGUUAAUACCAGUGCUAUUGCUUUGUCUGCUAAUCCUGUUUUUCAUGCCAGGAUAAAACACAUAGAGAUUAAAUAUCACACUGUCAGGGAGCUAAUUGAAUCCGUAUUUCUGGUUGUUUCUCAUGUUUUAAGUGAAGAGCAGAUAGCUGAUAUAUUCACAAAAGGCCUGUGCUUUCCAUCUCACUCCAUAUUGCUUCAUUUACUCUUGGAUGUUCCAGUUACUUAG